AUGUUCAUCCACAGCCACCUGGCAGCUGUGAAGGUGGAGAUGCACCUGCACAACAACCGGAUCCAAAGCCUGGGAGCCAACGGCUUUGAUGGGCUGCACAGCCUGGAAACCCUGGAUCUGAACUACAACGAGCUGCUGGAAUUCCCCGGGGCUAUCAGGACACUGGGACGACUGCAGGAGCUUGGCUUUCAUAACAACAACAUCAAAGCUAUUCCAGAGAACGCAUUCAUUGGGAAUCCCCUCCUCCAAACAAUCCAUUUUUAUGACAAUCCCAUCCAGUUUGUUGGACAGUCUGCUUUCCAGUACUUGCCAAAGCUCCACACUCUGUCACUCAAUGGAGCAACGGACAUCAGGGAAUUCCCAGACCUUAAAGGCACCACCAGCCUAGAAGUUUUGACCUUGACCCGGGCAGGCAUCCAUUUCCUCCCCAGAAGGAUGUGCCAGCAGCUGCCCAGCCUCCGAGUCCUAGAGCUGUCACACAACCAAAUCGAGGAGCUGCCCAGUUUCCAUCGGUGCCAGCAGCUGGAAGAGCUUGGUCUCCAGCACAACAAGAUCCAGGAGAUCAGAGCAGACACCUUCGUGCAGCUGAUGGCCCUGCGCUCCAUAGACCUGAGUUGGAAUUACAUCCAGUUUAUCCACCCAGAAGCCUUUGUGACCCUGCACUCCCUCACCAAGCUGGACUUGACUGACAACCAGUUGGUCACGCUGCCCCUGGAUGGUUUGGCUGGACUGACCCAUCUGAAGCUCCAAGGCAACCCAGCUCUCUCUGAGCCCUUCACCAAGGAGAGCUUCCCCAAAAUGAGAGUCCUGGAGGUGCCAUAUGCCUACCAGUGCUGUGCCUACGGGAGCUGCAGCAGCUUCUUCAGGGUGUCCAGCCAGUGGGAGGCAGAAGACAUGAGCCCUGAGGAGGAGGAUCCCCACAGGAGGACCUUGGAAUUGUUCCCAGGUCACACUGAUAACCACUAUGACCUAGAUGCAGAUGAUCUUCAGCUGGAGCUUGAGGAAUCAAAGCUGCAUCCCACUAUUCAGUGCACACCAAGCCCCGGUCCCUUCAAGCCGUGUGAUCACCUGUUUGAGAGCUGGAUCAUCCGCCUGGGAGUCUGGCUCAUAGUUGUGGUCUCAGUGCUCUGCAAUGGGCUGGUCAUCCUGGCUGUCUUUGCUUCCCCCAGCUACCUGUCCCCAGUGAAGUUCCUGGUGGGCUCCAUCGCUGGGGCCAACAUGCUGACGGGCAUCUCCUGCAGCAUGCUGGCCCUCGUGGACACCCUCACCUACGGUCACUUUGCCCGAUACGGCACCAGGUGGGAGACGGGUGCGGGCUGCAGGGUGACAGGGUUCCUGUCUGUGCUGGCCUCCCAGGCUGCCAUCUUCCUGCUCACCCUGGCUGCUGUGCAGUGCAGCCUCUCAGCCUCCUGCGUGCGGGGCUACGGGAAGUCCCCGUCCCUGGGCAAGGUCAAGGCUGCUGCUGGCUGCUGCCUGUUGCUGUCCUCUGUGGCUGCCCUUCUGCCUCUCUUCUCCAUUGGGGAAUACGGAGCGUCCCCUCUCUGCCUCCCAUACCCCAUCCCAGAGGGGAAACCCACCACCCUGGGCUUCACUGUGGCCUUGGUGAUGACAAACAUGCUCUGCUUCCUGACUAUCACCGGCACCUACAUCCGGCUCUACUGCAACCUGCUGAAGGGGGACUUCAGCGCUGUCUGGGACUGCGCCAUGGUCAAGCACGUGGCCUGGCUGAUCUUCACCAACUGCCUCCUCUACUGCCCAGUGGCCUUCCUCACCUUCUCCUCCACCCUCAAUCUCUUCCUUAUCACCCCAGAGGUCAUCAAAUCCAUCUUCCUUGUGGUCCUGCCCCUGCCCGCCUGCCUCAACCCCUUGCUCUACCUGCUCUUCAACCCCCACUUCAGAGAUGACUUCCGCCUGCUGAGGCAGAAGGGGCAGGACAAGAGCAGCUUCCCCCAGUCCUGCAGGGCUGAUGACAUGGAGAAAAGCUCCUACGACUCCACCCAGGCUCUGGUGAACUUCUCCGACAUCGACCGCGUGUGUGAGACACCUGAGGGAGUGCGCCCCAUCCUUGACAGCUACAGCUUCCCCUCCAUGACGCUCAUCCCCUGCCAGCAAAGGGUGGGCACCAGGGGGAAGGAGAGAGGCUGCUAUGAGCAUUGUCCCUGCCUCAAUGACAGUGAGGCGCUGAUAACUUCAGAGAGCCGAGAUCUGUCUGGCAGCAGCCUCCGGAUAACCUUCUUCCCCUCCCCACCCACGCCGCCCUACACAUCUCACUUAUAAACCUCCUUGGAGCAGCCGUGGGAACGGCCCCACAGCACCUGCUGAGGGCCAACACCAGUGCUGAGGGGCCAGCAAGGUGACACAAACUGCUCCCUGAAAAGCACCAGCACAACCUGUCUACCCUCAUCCCCACCACACCUGCCUGGCCAACAGGCACUGCUCUGCCAGCUGCCCCUGGCCUAGAAGGGCUCUGACUGAGCUCCAGACACCCAGGGCUGGCCAUGGGAGGAGACAAUCCCUGUGUGAAUCUCACUUCUGCUAGGAACUGCCUGGGAGAGAGCCCCACUGGCUCAGGAAGUGGGUCAGGGAAACCCUCCUCCUUCUCACCCUGCAGCAUCACCAGCCAGGAGGAGCCUGCAGCAAAGCCAAGUUUGUCUUCUCAAGGCAGAGACCUCCUGGCCAAAGCCACCGCUCUGUGGGAACCCCUGGCAACCAACUGCGAUGGCGUGGCCACCCACAGGAACCCCAGGCCUUGUCCUCUAGAGCUCUCUGCAGGUCCCACACACCCCUGGAAAUGGGCUGGUGUUUGUCUUCACACCACCAAAAGCAGCAUAUCUGUGUGUACACCUGAGUUUUGGACAGCCUCUGCUUUGGGAUUCCCCACUCAUUCACUGGGAGCCUCAUGCGUUGGACACAACCCUCACUUCCAGCCAGGACCAGGAGCUGGGGAUGCUCAGUCUUUCAAUCUGACCCUCAGUGUCUCACAAGGGGUCUCUGAAACCCACAGCAGCCAAACCCAAACACUUCCCAGAAAAACCCGUGUGUUCUGCCCAAGAUCACCCAGCAGCACCAAGCCAAGGCACCCAAGGUGGAAAUGGGGUCUGGCUGCUGCCUCAUUGCCCCCAAACCUGACUCCUGGAUGAGGCUCUUGGUUCUGUGUACAUGUCCCACACAGUGUAGCCAUUCUGGGGACUGCAUGUGCCUUCUCCUGUUUUAAAGGUGGGCAGCUGAUAGGAGGAAACAAAUCAGCAUUGUGGGAUGGUGGCAUCAGGAGGACACAGGCCACUGGGAACAACCUCAAAUCCACUCCCUGCAGCUCAGGGAUCUCCCAAAUCCAUUGAAUCCAUCAUGAACCCUCCCAGUGCCACCCAGUGCAGCAGGGAGCCCUGUGCUCAGAGCUCAGGCCCUGGGCAAAGCUUUGGUUCUGCUGACGUUACUGCAGCUGUUUGUCACUCAUUUUCAUGAGAUAAUAAAUGAGCCCC